GAUUGCUUUAAAAAAAGGCCUGGAUUCUUUCUUAGAUACACAGAAUAUACCGUAUUUUUAGCUCCAUAAGACGCACCUAGGUUUUAGAGCACAGAGAUGACCAGAGACUGCGGACACAGCACAGGAGAUGACCAAAGACUGCAGACAUAGUACAUGAGAUGACCAGAGACUGCGGACACAGUACAGGGGAUGACCAGAGACUGCGGACACAGCACAGGAGAUGACCAGAGACUGCGGACACAGCACAGGAGAUGGCCAGAGACUGCGGACACAGUACAGGGGAUGACCAGAGACUGCGGACACAGCACAGGAGAUGACCAGAGACUGCGG